CACCUCAUUAUCAUCAUAAAUUAAAAAAUAAAUAGAAAAUAAAUAUUGUAACUAUACUCGACUUCCCUUUGCAGCUCGGUGUCACGAAGCGCCGCCACUUUAUCUUCCACGCACCGGUUGGCGCCGCCACGACGAUCGCUCCGUGCUCCCUUCCGCCUUCACAUUCGAUAAAACUCUAAAAGAUUCAUCCCCAAUAUGAGCAUUUCCAGUCUCCGAUUCCUCUCUCGUUCCAAUGAAUUUAUCUUUCCGGCCUGAUUCAGGCACGAAACAGGUCUACGAGGAAGUGGCUGUUGAAGGAAGCUCGAUCAAUGGCCUUGAUCAAGCAACUCAAACAGUACAAAUCAGUGAUUUGGAAAGAAAUCAAGACGUGAUACACUACCAUUUGUACUCCCAAGUCAAAGAUAGAAAGUUCCUAAAAGAGACGUUGAAGAAAGUAGAAGUAUAAAGGGAUGGAUCAUGGACCAGCAACUUCACCUUUUUCAAUCGAACAAGAAGAGAAGAGCUGGAAAUUAGCUAGAGUUAUUGUUGUGAAAAAGAGAGCAUAUCGGAGUGAUUGCUUAGCUGACUAGGUUACUGUCUUGCAGUCGUGAGUGAGAGUUUAAUCUGGUUAUGGUUAUUUACCAGCAGGAGGCUGAGAGUUUCUGUUCAGAUUUGUAACAGGAAACUUGCAGAACCAAGUCAUUAGUCAUACGUUGAAGAUCUCAAGAAGAGAUCCUUCAACCGUGGAUUAGUCAGUACAGGAAUCCUUAUUCUCCCUGUACUGGAUACCACGUAAAAAUUCUAUGUGGCAUUUACUUGCUUUCGUUUUUCAUUUUGAUUAACUAUCUAUCUGUGUGUUCUUGAGUUCUGUUUGGUACAUGGAAGGUGUCCCUGAGUCGAAGAGUUGGAGAAGAAGAAGUUUUAUUCUUCAUUCCUUUUUGACUGGGAUAAGGGCCUCAAGUUCGGGGCUUCAAAAUCUCUUUACUGGGCCGAAACUUGAAAACUGAACAAACAGACCCAUUACUCAUUUUCUUCUCUAAUCAUAGAUUGAAUACAGUCUCUUCUUCGUCUUUCAUUCAUUCGCAAACCAGUCUCACCAUUCUAUCUCAAGUCCUGUUCUAGGGUUUUUGAUUUUUCAGAAAGAAAGUACAAGCAAAUCUCCCUCGGUCUCGCGCUCGACCUCCGCUAACACGUGGUAUCAGAGCCCGGCUCCGAAGUCAAGAGGUUUAACAGCCCACGGAGAAGAUGAGUUCGAGUUCAGUGAGCGGAACUGGGAUUUACAUGGAUGAUGGCUUUUCGCAAACCUGACCGCCACGGUUUGAAGGUGUACACUAUGGCUACUGGAGGAAUAGAAUGGAGCUAUUCAUUGGAUCCACUGACCCAGACCUAUGGAACAUUGUGAUGGAUGGGCCAUUGGAAGUCAAGGAAGCUCGAGGAAAGUGGACAGAUGAAGACAAGAAGAAUUUCCAGCUCAAUUCAAAGGCAACAAACCUAAUGUACUGUGCAGUAGGGCCUGAAGAAUACCACAGAGUCACAGGUUGCAAAACAGCGAAAGAGAUUUGGGACAAGCUUCAGAUCGCUCAUGAGGGUACUUCUCACGUCAAGAUCUCCAGAAUCAACAGUCUUAAACAUGAUUUUGAAUCCUUCAUCAUGAAGCCAGAGGAAUCAAUCAAAGAAAUGAAUGAUCGUUUCACAACUAUCGUCAAUAGUCUGAGGAAUUUGGAAGUUGAAUAUCCAAGUGGUGAUCUUGUUCGCAAAGUUCUCUGGGCUCUCCCUAAACGUUGGACGCCUAAGGUGACUGCCAUCGAGGAAUCUAAGGAUCUCACCAGACUCAGCUUAGAUGAGCUAAUAGGAUCCUUGAUAACUCAUGAAGAGAAGUUAAGAAGAGAAGAAGUUGAUGAGCCUAAGAAGGAUAGACGAAAUAUUGCGUUCAAAGUUUCAUCAUACGAAUAAGAUUUGGAAGGAUUAGAAGACAUGGAAGAUGAGGAAUUAGCACUGCUGAGCAAACAUGUUGCUAGACUGCAAAAGAUGCGACGUGACAGAAGAAAAGGGAAUUCGCCAAGUAAGGCAGAAGAGAAUAAAGAUAAAAAAGAAAGAAAUCGGUUUGGAUAUAAAAACAGAAGGGAAGGCAGCAUAGAAGGCAGAUUGUCCACUUACAAAGAAAGCCUAUACUGCAACUUGGAGUUGCAGUGAAGAAGAAGAAGAAGAAGAAGAAGAAGUGUGCAGACAGGAAGCGUAUAUGGCCAUUGAUGCAGAAUUAGAGGAUGAAAACAUCAACCAGGUAAAAUCCUAUUAUUCUGAUUCCUUCAGUGAAGAUGAUCAAAUGUUAGAAACUAUACGAGAUAUCCAACAAGAGUUUGCUAAUGUAAAGUAAAAACACAACAGAACUAAAGCUGAAUUUGAAACCUUAUUAUCAAACUAUGAAUCACUCAAAACAUAGAAUCACAAAUUGGAAAACACCUUGAAAAAUGUCUUAAACGAAAAUGAAACUCUUAGAACUAA